AUGACAAUGAAUGGCAUGGAUUUGUACUAUGCGCUUAUUUUUCAAUUGACGAGCAUCAAACUGCAAUGCUUGAAAAUUUCGAUUCAACAAUAUCUCACUACCUAGUUUGUCAUUUGGAAACUGAUAUAGCUGGUCCAGACAUAAUACUCAAUGUCCAUUGCACCACUAAAGAAGAAUUCAUGUGGCUAGAUACUGAAGAUGGAUUUCUUUGGUUGUCCUAUAUUCCACGUGAGUCGUUCCCAGAUCAGUUCAAUCAAUUCACUUGGAUUAAGGCUUCAAUUAUAAGUGAUUGGCCAGGUGUGAUGGUGCAGAAAUGUGGGCUUAGUUUCUACCACAAGAAUGAUAUUUGGUUUCAGCAAAUAAGAAUAUACUGCAACGAGGAAUACAAGUCUCGAGAUCUCCCCAAUCAAGUAAUGGCUAGUUAUAUAGAGAAAACCAGUAGUGCAAAGAGUCUUCUCUGCAAAAAUGACCCACAACCUAAAGAUCAACACUGCCAAAGCAACCUGCUGGAAUUUGAUCCAUCCCUAGACUAUAAUUCUUGUUUCCCACAAAAGGAAAUUCCACAUUGGUUCAAUAUUCACAGUGGUGAGACUCACGUGAGAUUCUGUCUGACUCGAAAAUUGUAUAAUGACACUACUUGGAUGGGAGUUGCUCUAUGUGCUCUUUUUUCAGUUGCAAAGGAUGUAGCUAAUGUCAAUGACAUUAUGGAUUCAAAAACUUCUUUCAAACUUAUUUGUCAAUUGAAAGCAAGUAAUGGGCCUAAUGAUCUGAGUGUGAAACCUCGCCAUAUCUAUUGGCCAACUAAAGAAGAUCUCAUGAUGUCACUGCAAGGUGGAUCCAUUUGGCUAUCAUAUAUACCGCGUGGAUCGUUUCCUGAUUGGCUAUAUGAUUGUACCUGCAUUAAGGUUUCAUUCAAGACAAAUUUCCAUGGCUUGAAGGUGCAGAAGUGUGGCCUUCGUCUCUUGUACCAGCAUUCCGAGGUAAAUUUCAAGAAAAUAAUCAGGGACUGCAUGAAGUCCAUGACUGAUUCUUCGAGUUUCCUUAAUCAAAUGAAGAUUAAAAAGAGAAAUAGAAAAAUGAGGUCUUGGAUUGAGAGUCAACUUGGCGAAAUUUACCCCCAUCAUAAGGAUCAACGCUGCCAAAGCAACCUACUGGGGUUUGAUCAAUGCCUUUUCUAUGAUCCCCAUUUUCCUCCAAGUGAAAUUUUGGAGUGGUUCAUUGAUUGGAAGGAUGAGCACUGGGUGACAAUCCCUCUCCCUCCAAAUUUGUACAAUGAUAGUACUUGGAUGGGACUGGUUCUAUGUGCUUCUUUUUCUGUCGACGUGAAUCAGACUGCUCACAUUCACAUCAUGGAUUCUGAAUACUAUUGCCUUAUGUUUCAGUUUGUAACAAAUAUUGGUACUGCAAGCCCUCUCAUUGGCUAUCAACUGACUAAAGAAAAUCUCCAAAUGUUAAAGCAAGGUACCAGAUUUAUUUGGCUGUCCUAUAUACCAAGUGGGUCACUUUGAAAUUGUCCAAAUCAAUGCAGCUACAUUAAGGCUUCAAUUACAACCCGGUGCCCAGGCUUGAAGGUGGAGCAAAGUGGCCUUUGUCUCGUGUACAAUCAUGACGAGGACGAGUUUAAGCAAACAAUAGGUGACAGCAUAAAAUCCUCGUCUGAUGAUUCGGAUCUCAUCCCUUAAUUGACAACAGAUAAUGGAAAUAGAGAUAAGCAAAAGCUUGAUGAAGAAGGAACAUCUAGUAAAACCUCCAGCUCUAGGGAGGAGUCUAAUUUUGAAAGUCUGAGGGGAUCCAUUGAUCCUAAAGACAAGGGCAAGGGAGUUCUAGAAGAAUAGCCUCUCUAAUUUCCUUCUGAACUUACAGGUAACUGUAGCUUUGUGUGGCUGAGGAUAGGGAUACCAUUUUCUUGGAGGACCUCAACAAUGAAGUUGACUCAUGGAGGAUGAGGUAGAGCUUUCUUCUAGCUCUUGUAGGCAACAACGACAAGAUUGACCUCCUCAAUUCUUCGAUAAUAUGACGUCUCAUCAUGGUCUUUGAAUCGCCUUAGUGAGGACGAGACAAGUCAAUGAGCUCCUAGUCCUAGGUUUCUCGAUUAUGUAAUUUUUUUUUUCUUCAGUAGAUGUGUAAAAUUGGUAGUAGAUUUCUGUUUUUCAGUUGAUGUAAAUUUGUGUAAAUUUUUUCUUUUUUGAUGAGAUUUAUAAAUUUAGAUGUCUUUUUUUGGUUAAGAGUAAAUUUUGUAGAGAAGUUAAG